UCUCCUUCACUCUCUCACUUCUCUGUCUACAAUAUCUCUAGCCGCUAGGGUUUCAUAACUCCUUAUAAUAAGGAGAAGGCAUUGUGGAGUGAGCUCCACGCGAGCACAAAUUCAAUUCAGAUCAAGGGCCCCCCUUACUCUCCCUCCCUCUCUCUCGCUUCGUCGAGCGGGUUUCCCGAUUUCGGAUACACUUUCUUCGUUGAACAACUUAACGGUAUCUCAAACCCUAAUCCUAACCUAAGCGAAUGGAUCGGUACCAGAGGGUGGAGAAGCCGAGGCCGGAGACGCCGAUUAACGAGAAUGAGAUUCGCAUUACUACUCAGGGGAGGAUGAGGAACUACAUUACCUAUGCCACCACUUUGCUCCAGGAGAAAGGAUCCAAUGAAAUUGCUCUUAAAGCCAUGGGCAGAGCUAUAAACAAGACUGUGAUGAUUGCUGAAUUGAUUAAGAGAAGGAUUGUUGGCCUUCAUCAGAACACAUCAAUUGGUUCUACUGAUAUAACUGACACGUGGGAGCCGCUAGAAGAGGGACUUCUUCCCCUGGAAACUACCCGCCAUGUAUCAGUUAUAACAAUUACUUUGUCCAAGAAGGAACUAGAUACAUCCUCCACGGGGUACCAACAGCCUAUUCCAGCUGAUCAAGUGAAGCCCUGGACUGAAUAUGAUUACGAAGGAGAGGGCUCUCCCAGCAUGCGUGGUAGAGGACGUGGUGGUCGAGGAAGGGGCAGAGGAAGAGGGAGUUACAACAAUGGAGUUGUGGAGUACAAUGGUGAUGAUGGCUUGGAUGGUGGGAGAGGUUAUGGAGGCAGAGGCCGGGGUCAUGGAAGAAGCCGUGGCUACCGUGGGCGUGGAAGGGGGUAUGGUGGUGGGAGUAUGCAGCAGGAAUUCGGUGGUUAUAAUAACUUUGGGAAUAACUAUGGGGAGGGAUGACUCCUCCUCAAGGCCGCGGACGCGGGCGUGGACGUGGACGUGGCAGGGGCCGUGGACGUGGUCGGGGUUUUAGAUCAGAUGGUCCAGUCCAGCAGCUGUCUGAGCCCUAGACACGGUAUAAAAUCCGGUUUAGGUUGCUGAAAGUUCUGGAUGCCUGCUCUGCCGAUUUCACUAAUUAAUAUCUAGGCAUGUUUAGCCAUAGCGAGCUGCCACGAGUUUGGUAGGCAUGUUUUUGUAGUUUGAAAUAGGAUAAAAGCCGUAGGGUUUGAUAAAACCGUAAGGUAGGCUAAUUAUUGUUUAAUUGCUGACAUAACCUUUGCAAUGUUUUUACACCUUAAUGGUUUAGAUAAUAAUAGGGCAGUGCAUUAUUUAAUUUC